CAGUUCGAUCUUAUUUUUGACCUUAUAACUUGUUGAAUUUCUCAUCUCACUAAAUCAUCAAUGGAGAAAUACGAGCGAGAUUUCAACCACUUCGAUUCAAACGGCGACGGCAAAAUAUGCCCGGAGGAGCUGCGGCAGUGCGUGGGCUCGAUCAGCGGAGGCUGCGGUGGCGCUGAUGGAUUCGGACGGGGACGGGCUGCUGUGUUUGGAGGAUUUCGUGAAGAUAGUGGAGGGAGCGGGAGAGGAAGAGAAACAGAGCGAUUUGAAGGCGGUCUUCAAACUGUACGCACCGGAGUGAAGCGCGUGCAUUACACCCGAGAGCUUGAAGAAAAUGCUAUACAAAUUGGGGUAGAGAAGAAGUGUUCACGAUUGCAAGAAUAUGAUCGCACCUUUUGCAGAGACAACGCGUUGUAUGCCGAUCGAUUUUCGUCACCCAAGAACAGUUCUAAUGAGCGAUUUGCAGAGAUUCGUGGCUAUGGGCUAUGGUCAUAG